AUGACAGAAUUUCUCAAUUAUAAGGUUGUUCUAGACUUGAAGGACGGAUCUCUGGCACAGGGAGUCAUCACUCAUGUUGAUGGAUCGUCGAUUAUUCUUGGAAAUCGUCAAUACAGCAAUUCGCUGGUGAAAGACUUGAAGGUGGUGCAAUUACCUUCAGAUCAGAAACAGAACAAGAAAAAGCAGGAAAUCCAAUUGGAUGAUGUAUCUGGCUCCAAAGCGGGAAGUAGAAGUGGUACUCCCAAAAUUAACAAACAGGCUGUCCAGUCGGGAUGGACUGGAGGCAGUGAAAUCGAAGACAUCAAAACUUCCGACGACUUUGACUUUGCUGCCAACUUGGCCAUGUUCGACAAAAAGUCUGUGUUUGCAGAUUUCCAGAGAAAUGAUACGGUGAGCUCCCAGGACAGGCUUGUCGGUCACAACAAGGCACCCGUCAAACAGAAACCACUGGAGAAGAAAGAUAAGUACGAGAACGACGAGAUGGUUAUCCCCAAAAACAAGCAGGACAACUGGAACAACAUCGGACCUGUGUCAAACAGACUAGCUCUGCCAGUGACAUCGGGCGGUUCGGGCAGCCAUUCGGCGUUGGGUAAGGCUUCAAGAGAGAUCCAACUGUACAAGUUUAUCUUCGAGAGCACUGGUAGUGCUGUUCCAAUGGCCACACCCGUGCAGCUCUUUGAAAUCGAGAGAGAAGUACAGUUGUCUUGUGGAAUUGACCCCAAAGUGGGUGUGGAAGUGUGUGCGUCGAAUUUGUUCCGGUUGGUGGUGGAUAAUUUGCUUGGAGGAUCUGUGCGUCUCAGCAACAGGAAAAACCACAACUUACCUCCAUUGGUGUUGCUUUUAAUAGGAAGUCAACGCAGUAGUAGCCGCGCAUUUGCCCUUGGAAGACACUUAACGAACCAUGGUGUUCGAGUUUUGGCGUAUGUUGGCAACGAAAUGGAGUCUGAGUUGCUUACACAGUGCCAAUUAUUCGAGCAGUGUGGGGGUAAGGUGGUGAGUUCUGCGUUCGAAGACCUUUUGGAUAUCUUGCAGAAUCAGCUUGAGACACCCGUAGAGGUCAUAAUUGAUUCUUUGCAGGGAUUUGAUGGCCUGUUGGCUGAUAUGUGCGAAUCCACAAGUGACAUGGCUUCUCUUAAACAGCUCAUUAACUGGGUCAACGAGCCCAAACAGAAGUCCAAGGUUCUUUCCUUUGAUAUUCCUUCAGGUAUCGACGGUGGCUCUGGAACUGUUCAGGACGCACAACUCCAAGUUCACCCCAAGUACGUUGUGUCUUUGGGGCUUCCAAUCACUGGAUUGGUUCACGCAUACAACAACGGCACUAUCCAUGGAGACGACGUGCAACAUUUUGUGGUGGACUGUGGCAUUCCCAACACUCUCUACCAGCUGCGGCCACACUUGCGCAAGUUCGACAAGUUUUGGUUCUGUGCUGAGCAGUACCUUAGGCUUAAGCUGGUGAGCGUGGCCGAGUAA